AUGAUCAACAUCAGGCUGCAUCAGCCAGUGCAGAUUCCCGCUCCGGUGUUCCAUCAAAUGAGAAAGGUCGGCUUUGACCAGUACGUUGAUUGCGAGACCGCCCCCGGACUUGGCAAUGAGUGGAAUCUGAAGCGUCUUGAUUGUGAGGCUGCGGGCGCCGUCAGCCCCGAAGAUAUACUUCGUUCGUAUCGAGAAGUGGAUCUUGGAAAGGUCAUCCCAGACGUUGACCAAAUACUUUGCGUCCGAGGGGUCAUGUUUCCAGGACACAAGUUUGGUGUUAAACCUGACGACGAAGCCAUGAUGCGAUGCAAACCGAGUCAGUACCGGCUCGAGCAGAGUUUGCGGGAUGUCCACAGGAUCGCAAGGACUUGCAAGUUCAUAGUCGCCCUUUGA